AUGUCACAGACUUAUCCACCAGCACAAGGUCUGCGCGAUCUGCUCUACCUCUUCCCUCACGUCGAAAAUGACACGAUAGUGUCUAUCAUCCACCACGACCUUCAUGGCACCGAUAUAUACAGGCUCGACUCGCGUCGCAUACUUGAAUCGCAGUGGGAUCUUGUCGAGGCCUCGCUUGAGGAUCGUACUUGUGCGACAUCUGUGGCCGUCGACAUCUAUCGGACACUUGAUUCCCUGCUUGUCCCUCUCAAUGCCUACUUCUCCAUCCUCUCUUUGCACGGGCUCGCGCAUGGACAGCCGGCGAUGCUUCCCUGUUAUUUCUUCCGAUACAAUAGUCACCUCGUGAAGCUCGCCUCGCAGUACGAGUGGCCCGCCGUCCUCUCGUAUCACCUCGCGUUCUUCGAUCGGAGAUGUAAGGAGAUGAGGCUUGGAGACUAUUCAGGGUGGGGAAAGGUGGACGUGCAACUGAUGGAGGAGUUCCUCGUGCCAUAUCAAAAAACUUCCAAGUCUCGAAAAAAUGGAAGGAUAAGGUAA